AUGGCCCCGCCCGAUGCCGCGACGUCGAUUCGGUACCGCCCGCUCGACCGGUCCGGCAACGAGAUUCGCCUGCUCGAGCUGCAGCCGGCGACGACCAACGACAUUGAGGAGCGCGUCGUGUGCCGCCUGGUGCACGAGCGGCUAAGCGACUCGCAGACGUCCGACUUCAUCGGCCUGUCGGCCCUGUACGGCGACAUUGCCGUCACCGAGACCAUCAUGGUCAACGGCGCCGCCAUCUGCAUCCCCGUCCACCUCGCCCAGGCCCUGCGGCACAUGCGCGCCGUCUUCCUGGCCGCGUCGCUGCCCACGCCCGACGCCUCCAGGACCGACCUCCAGGACGGCGUCGACGCCCCGAAAAAGGCCCCCGGCUGGCUGCGGUCGCUGCUGAAGAAUGUGCGGCACAUGCUGGCCGAGCCCGGCGCGUCGCGGGGCACGCCGCCGCUGCGCAUCUGGCUGGACCUGCUGUGCAUCAACCCGCGCGACAAGCGGGAGGAGGCGGAGCGGCGGGCUCACAUGGCGCGGGCCUACCGCCACGCCCGGAUGGUGGUCGGCUGGCUGGGCCUCAAGGACGCGACGUCGGACCUGGCCAUCGAGAUCAUCAAGGCAUGGGACAAGUGCAUGCCCCUGACCUUUGGCGAGCCGGGCGACCGCGAGCUGCACCCGGACGACUACGCCCCCGUGCUGCAGUGGAUGGGCCCCGUGGCGCACCUGAGCGACAUCCCCGAGGGCAUCACCGACCCGCGCGACGUGCCCAGCUACAAGGCCAUCUCCGAGUUCCUCAACCGGCCGUACUUUCGCAACUCGUGGAUCCUCGACGACAUGAGCAAGGCGCGCUUCCCGGCGUUUUUGCUGGGCGACGACAUCGUGUCCUGGAUGCAGGUGCUGCGCCUCAACCGCGUCAACGAGGACAUCAAAGACCACGGCGCCGACAUGUUCCCCGACGAGCUGCGGCCGCUGCUCGAGUACAUGCCGCUGGGCAGCGUCUACGCCUUCUUGAAGGAGUUUGACAACCGGCAGCGGCAAGAGGGCGGCACGCCGGCCAUGCUGACGACGACGAGCUCGGUGCGGAGCUCGUCUUCGAUAUCCAACAUGAGGACCAAGUCACGGCAAUGA